AUGUAUCCUGGUGUCGUCGCCGCCGAGAUGUAUCCUGGUGUAAUCGGCGUCGGGAUGUAUCCUGGUGUCGUCGCCGCCGAGAUGUAUCCUGGUGUCAUCGGCGUCGGGAUGUAUCCUGGUGUCGUCGGCGCCGGGAUGUAUCCUGGUGUCGUCGGCGCCGGGAUGUAUCCUGGUGUCGUCGGCGCCGGGAUGUAUCCUGAUGUCGUCGCCGCCGGGAUGCAUCGUAGCGUCGGAAAGUAUCCUGGUGUCGUCGGCGCCGGGAUAUAUCUCGAAGAUGAAGGGAUGCCCGGAUGGGCAUUAAGCGGCCCAAAAGUCUAG